AUGAACUUCCUAUUUGGGGCUGGAUUACUCUUUCUUCUUAACACCAUUGAGCUGAGUGUUGCGGGCCAGGGCUCCACUCCGAAAAUCAAAGAAAUUGUACUAGGAAGAUGCUACGAGUAUCAAUUGAACACUAUUGGUCCAGAAGCAGAUAACUGGAAAGACUGUAAUGAGAUCUGGGAGGCCUUUCAUCAAGCCUUUGCUUACAAGAAUCCGUGUACCCUAGCAUUCGAUGAUUACCAGCCGUUCUUUGAUGCAACAGGAAUGCAAGAACUUACAAAGGUUAGAAAAACUGACAAGUGUCUUGUUGAAGAAGGGUGGAGCUUCUCUCAGAUAAUGUAUUUUAUUACAGGAGAGUGUAAAUUAAACAAACGUCAUUUCAGUCAAAUCCCUGAUUGUGAUACACUGUUUUGAGUUAGAAAUAUUUGUUAUUUCGGAAACUUUAGAAACAAUCUAAUCAGUUCAGGGACGUUUACACACGGUUUCUAACUGUAUACCGGCGGCAAUAAUAGCUUCGAAACUGGUAAAAUACAAAUAAGAUCUUCGAGUGCGCAAGCCUUGUAUACGGAAUGGCGAACAACAUUUGACGUAAUUAUAUAAACGCAAACUGUGAAAAAAAAAACCAUAAUACCAGGAGCCGGCUCCUGAUAAUACCUAAGGGGACUCAACGAACUACAUGAAAAACGUAAACCGUGAUGAUAAUAACCAAGAGACUAUAAAGGGGACAGAGAGGGUAUCCCCCAUAUACACCCUAUUCCAUAGGUAAUUCGUCUCGAGUUAUUUUUAGAAUCGGGAUAAAGUUAUCUCGCGCGAGGCGUGGAUGUUUCGUGGAGGUUUUGCAUGACCAAACGCCGUGCAAAACAUGUCGGGUGAGAGGCAAUGAAAGCGUAAAAAGAUCGAGAGCAUUCCUGAAUAUUGAAGCGAAAUGAGUCGGCACUCACCUGGGAAAAAGGAAUCGCUGGACUCUUUGACAACCCGUGAAAUCAGUUUAACUCGAAGUUGUCGAGUCGUAACUUCAGUGCUUUAACAAAAUGAGAAAUUUCGCCGGUCUAUUGAAACCGGUCGUUUGUACAAUUUAGGGAGUUUAAGAUCCAACGACGCGGACGAUAACUGGAACGUCAAAAAAAACAAUAGGUUUAAUUAGCAAAACAAUAACUUUGCACGUGCAACACACUUUUUUGUUCAUUUCUUUCCCGUUUUUGCACGACUAAGACGUGAAGAUGCCUAAUUUCGCGUUUUAUGGAGGACGUAAAUAAGCAACGACGAAAUUUCAUUUCUCUUUCUGAACUUGAAUAUGGUCCCUUGAAAUUCAGCUUUAGGAGGGUUCGCCUGCAAUUGAAAAAGUAAGUGGGUAGGAAUAAUCGCUAUAAAGACUGAGAAAAUAAACAUCAAACCAGAAAUUGCUCUCUUCAAACUGUAAAUUAUAAAUGAUCCUGAGAGAAUAUUCAGUGUGUUAGGGAUUUUCCUGCUCUACUGUUAGCUCUAUACAAGAGAGGAAGGGCGAUUCUUUUUUAAUUUCGGUUUCGCUGACACAGCUUUCGCAGAAAUCUCGCUGUAGUCGUUUUCGUCGACAAAAGGAAUAGCAAAAUCGCUCUCCGCGUCUUCCCCCAUUUUGUUCUGUGUCAUUUCGAGAAGGACGCGUGGCUCUCAGCGUGGGUCAUCCACGCAGAAAACACAUUCGCGCUAUGUGAUUGGUUGUUGUCUAAUCCCCUUUGAGAUCUGUGGUGUUAAAUAUAACUCGAGACGAAUUACCUAUGGAAUAGGGUGUAUAUGGGGGAUGCCCUCUCUGUCCCCUUUAUAGUCUCUUGUAAUAACAGGAAAGGCUGAUAAUUAACAAUUAUUGAAUGGUGCGAUCUAGGAAGGUGUUAUCGAGGCAAACACACCUUGAAUCUAAAUAAGGUCAAUCUUAGCCUCGUUUUCACCUGUAACUGUGAAAUGGCGAUUAUUAGGCCAAUCAAAAACGGUGGGGAAACAUUUUUUAGUUAAUAAUAUUGAAAGUUACAGAAAAAGUAUUUUGCAUUCAAAGGAGUAGGGUAAGUAUCGGAAUAAUGAAAACUUUCCCCGCAAUGUUUGUGUGCAAAUAGCACCGGUACAAGAGAACACUUGGCCCAAAAAUAGGAAAAACGUGUCCAUUUCCUGAUCAUGACUGGUAUAGCGAAACACUAAUAAUCGGUUUGAACAAUAUUUCCCAAAUAAACAGCCAUGUUCGAAAACUCCUCAACUCAUUAUCAAGUGUCAGUCUACUCACAGCCGCACUGAUACGAUCUGCAUACUAUUUAAAAACGGGAGGGAGUUGCCGCUGGUUUAAUUCUAUUCAGAGAGAAUAUUAGACUUGCCCUACCCAACGUUGCCCCUUACUGCCUUUCUACGAUUGAGGGGUUACAAGCACAAGUAGUGAGUAAAUCAGCUAACUUUAAGGUCUAAUAACCCGUCGUCGUAACGUCUUGCAUGGUAGCAUGGCUAUGUGACUUGGUUUUCACUUGAAAUCAUGCCAUUUUUCUAUGUUGAAGCCGAUCUUCUUUCUGAAGAAGAUCAGCCUCAAAAUGUAUCCUUGCCUUUCCUUCAGAGUCUGUUCUGGUCUGGUACACAUAAACUUGCGCAUGUCUAUUCUGAUUCCGGUGAUCGAUAUACAACUUUAGAAGAUACCUUGGCCGGGUAAGAAUCAGCUUCAGGUUACUGUUUCUUUUAAUUUAGUGUCACCUGUUUAAAAUAUAACAUUGCAGGACGGCUUUAGGAGUUUUUAGAUUGUUGACAGUCCCCUAUAUUUCCGUAAGAUCGUCCAAAUCGAGGGCUUCGCAUUAUUCUCUUUCCCACCUCCUCGCGAUCGGUACAUAUGAAACGAAGAUGGACGCUCGUACCGAUAAGCACUCGAUCCUUACGAUCUUAAGAAACAACAGGGGACUGUGAACAGUCUAAAUAGUAGUUUUAGGAGCGCUUAUAACUGGAAGGCCAGACCACGAUCCAGUCGAAAAGAAAAUUUCACUAGUAAAUGGGGUCUGUCCCCGCCAGAUCAGUCUAUUCCUAAUAGCAUACACUUCAGUGAUAGCUUUUUAGCCAAAACUCUCAAGGAGAAACCCUAUUUUAUUUUCAAUGAUCGACUUCUAAAAAAGCGCAGGCCUGGGUUCACUCCCCCGAUCAUUUUUCGUUAAGUUAGUUAUAGUAUUUAUAGCUUUAAUGCUAGUGGGGCAGAGCGAAUCCCUGAGAAAAAUAAUUUAAAUCAAACUUAACAGAAUCUCAACGGGCCGGAGAUACUCUGGCAAACCAGCCGGCUCAGUAUUUACAAACGUGGUCGAGGAUUCAAACUCGGGACUACCAAAUCCAGUAGCGGUCAGGGCCGGACUUAAACUGGGGACCUCUGAGUUACAAGUCCAGCGUUCUUAUCGCUCGGUCACCCACCUCCUUACCAGCCUAACCUUCGCUGUCCACGUUAGCUGGCCCACACCAUUGACUGACAGGAAACUGUUGGCCUCCUAAAUUUCAUCGGAGACUCAAGAUGGAUGAUCCAGUAAAACAGAAUACGUAACUGAUUAUUACCAUUUCUUCAUUUGUGUAGAUUACUAUAGCCUAUGUCAGGCUCAACCAUUCAUUUCAACAUCUAGGAGAGUUGGUCACAAGACACUGUCAGACCAACUCAUCCUCUACGUGAGUGUGUUACAUUGUAGGUAAGUAAGAAUUUCGUAAUAAUAAUUACCAAUUAUGUACGUUUUACGUCUAAAACCUCUUGCAGGUAUCUGGCGAAUGGACUGACUUGGUGUGGGAGUGAAAACCUGUCUCCUUCAGACUCCGAUGGGAUUGACUACGAUUCCUGUCCAGAUUGGAGUGAAUGUGAUUAUACGACACCUUUCUGGGGUCUCGCGUCAACGACGGUAAGGUAUCAUCAUGUACUUUUCUCUCAAACUUUUCUCGUAUUUUUCUCUCAAACUUUUUAAGUUAUCGUUUCCUUAACUCUGUGUUUAAUAGCAAUAAUUAACAGUUAAUGAAUGAAGCUGAGUAUCUUAUGAAGAAUUAUGGAGAUCGAGGAGGGUGUUAUUCGUCGAGGCCGUAGGCCGAGGCGGAUAACACCCUCAGAGAUCUCCAUAAUUCUUCAUAUGAUACGAAAGCCGAAUUCAAUAACUGUUUUAUUAUUCAUUCAAAAUAAUUCCUAGUUUAAAAACAUAGUUAAAACAUGCUUGCCUCCAUCGAUCCAUCGAUGUUCGGUUCAUCUUCGAUAGUGUAUGUUUAGGUUUGUCCAGCUCCGCAAAUAUUCUCCAAAUAGCAGAUGUCGCCCUUCGAGUUGUCUUCUUGCUGUUCUGGCCAUGUUUUUAGCUGUUUUUUCGCCUAGUUCUUACUCUUGAAACGAGUGAAAUGUCCGCCAUUUUUUUUAAGUUCACAACCAAAACAACUCAACCUCGUCCCCAGGUCUUCUCGGUUAACGGUCCGUUAACCUGCAAAAACGCUGCAUUUUUGACGCCAUUUCCUCGUUAAAGUCAAAAUUCUUCCAAAUUUGGUCAUCAGUAACUGGUUAUGGUGAAUUAAACGUGUGCUUUUAGCCAAUCAGAAUUGGGGAAAUAUUUUGAAUGAAUAAUAAUAUCUAUUAAUUUGUUCUUCUGUCCCGCCGAUAUUAGCAGUUACUACCUGCGGGUCAGUGUAAUUACUUAAGUUAAAUUCUUGAAAUAAAGUUUUGUUGUUGUUGUCAUCGAACAAGUUUUAACGAGCUUUAUAAGCUCCUGUAGGUGCUACAUAGACACGCAAUGAUACUUUAAAUUUAUAGGCAGCCGCGGGCCAAGUCAUUUAAUUAAUAACUUAAACAAAACUAAAUUCUUCUAUUUGUUUUUUAAAGUUUGCAAGACAUGCUCGAGGAAUUGCUAGAGUACUGCUGAAUGGUUCCAGGGUCGAUUCAAAUGGAAAACCUGUUCCUUACAGAGAAGACAGGUAAUCGUGCCUGCGGCCAAGUAGUUCUUACAAAUCAUGUAGUUGACUAAGCCACGGAACUAGAAGGGAAAGGCGCGGGCAGGGGAAUUUUCCACAUAUUGGAUUCACCUUCCGAAAAAUCAUAAUAAUUAAAAAUUACUGCGAGGCUCAAAAUUCUCAACCUUAAAAUAAUAGCCAAGGUCAUAAAAUUGAAACACCUUUGGAUGUUGACAAACACUGGGGACAAAUGACAUCGAAACGUUCCGAAGAUUCACUUUCGCAAGUCCUACUUUUUAUAAACCUCCUCUGAAUAUAAUCCAAUCGAAAUGGCCUUAAAAAAAACCACUAGGCUUUAGAGGAAUUGGUUAGGUUUUUUCGGUCCAAAUCUUUCCGUUUUUCUUCCUUUAUUACUUUUACCAAGAGAGGGCUUAAAGGAUUACAUACUUUCUUAUGAACAGAACACAAUAAGCCAGAUAAUUACGUUAUCUAUUAUAUUAAUAAUAUAAUAAGGAAUUUCGUUAUUUUAUUUUGUAGCUUCUUUGCCAAAUACGAGCUACCAAAUCUUCAAGUGGACAAAGUUUCUGAACUCAGGAUCGUAGUGGUUCACACAAACGGCCCUACACGGUGAGAAACAGUAAGAAAAUGUGUGCGGAAAAAAAUCGGCCUACAUAAAAACGGCAGAUACACGUCUUUUAAGGUGUAACUAGCAGAUUUUCGUAUCACUUGCAGUACUUACUGGGAUGAUGCGCCAAAUCUUUUAGCCUUACAGGUAUUGCCUUACAGGUACUGCUAGCUGAUGGCUGUUCCUGAAGUAAAAUCGGCAGAAGGGAAUAAAUCAGAAAUGAAGAAAUAAAUAUCAUUACCGACAACUUUUUUGUCUAAAGUAAAUCAAGUUAUUAUAGCUUUUACUCGGUUUUAAGAGAGAAUUCUCUCUUGGUGGUUGUCUGUUUUUGGAUAAUAUUUUUUUUAUGGAUGAAAUAGAGCUAUAGGCCACGUCCAGACCAGUCGUCGAUUUAAUUCGUCAGGAGAACAACUCAAAUUUUUUGACAAGCAUCUCUGGCCUCUUUCAAUAGAGGCAGCACCCGUCUCCUUCUCACGAAAGAUCUGCUUUAUUCUGGCAGUAUAUUUUAUUUUCAUUUAUGGUAUUUUUUGAAAUUCUCAUUUCAGAAAUUAUGCUACUUUUACCAGCUUAAGUUUACGUUGUUACUCAUUUGGCAACAUGUCAUAUAAUGAUAUAAAUUUGAUUUUUUUACAGUUUACGCAAGGGUUGUUACACUGCCUCUAUUAGAAUGCUUAAAAAAGACGCAAGAAAAAGGGGACUUAAAGUAACCUGCUACGACGACCCAAAGUACGUGGUAUCUCAGCUUAAUAUUGAUCUCUAGUUCUCAAAGCUAUCAUCUCAUCACCAGGAGCCUAUAACUCGGAGCCAGCAACUUCAAUGUACUUGUGUCAAAGUGUUUUCUCUGAGUGGUUUAUUUUUAGAACGGUUUUGGCGCGAACUUACAACGUCCCAUCUUUUAUAUUUUAAGUCGCACGAACCAGUCAGCACAAAAUUGGACCUUUUAUUAUCAUGACUUAAGUUUUCCUUUUUUAUUCGUCGUAUGUGCUCAUUCACGGAGUGGGGCUUCCAUUUUCAAGCUGAAAAAGUGCUCCACAAGGUAUCUAAAAAUAUACCGGUUUGUGAAACUUCCGUGACAUAUACCUAGUAUGGGACUUGCUCCCUCCGGGUUAUGGGCUCCUGUCUCAUAAGAUAUGGACCAUAGUAGCAGCUCACAACCUAUGGGCUCCUGGUAAGCAUAGAGAAUAAAAAAAAGGCGGUUGACGAAAUGUCAUAUGAAGUCAAUCAAUCAGUCAAUAUCAAUCAAUAAUUUAUUUACCCACGUUAACGUCAAAGAGCACAAGUGCUCGUUCAAAAUACGAACGUGCAAGUCCGCGAAAGUCAUUAAAAUCAAUCAGCAAGCGAAGAAACCCGAUUCCUGGGUACUGGAGAAAACAGCAACUUUUUGCGGCAAAAGUGUCUAGGAGGCUUCGGGUGAUCUCCUCUUAUGAAUUUAAGGCCAUCAAAAUCAACUUGUAUUUGUCAAAUUAUUUGACAGAGGUUUUGUAGAAUGUAACUGUAAUAAACCCUACUAAGUAAGAAAAUUUCGGGGUACUUACCAUGAGCGAAACGAUGAUUCAUCUCAAUAUUUACAAGGGGUCUACUCACCUUCGUCUCGCCAUUGUAAAUCAGUGCCUCCCAUACAGUUCUACCUCUCAUACGUGUAUUAUAGUAUUUAUCUAUCACCAAGAGCCAUUAAUGUCCCUUUAUGGAUCUUGCUAUAGACCAUAAAGCGCAAGCAGAUAUCAAGCUUUAUAUCAAUAUCUUACCUUUUUGUCUUGCCAGUGACGUGCGCCACAUUUUGUGUACGGACGAUCCUUUCUCUCGUAAAUGCCUUUUUCUCCUCUUUAACUCUAGGAGAUAUUAA